GUGGUUAGUCACUAAGAAGCGUCUGGUAUAAAAGCGCUUACUUUUAGCACGUAGAGGAUUUGAUUGGUUUGCUUCUUCGAGCAUAUAGAUAACUCACGCCAACCAAGCAUAGUAAAAACGGCUUUAUGAAAGAGAGGUUGCUGUUUGCACGAUCUUAACGUCCGUAAGUAAACAUGGCUAGCGGUGAUACAUUUGAUUUAACUACCGAACAACCAGUUAAAAGAACAACGCGAACCAAACGCUUUUAUUGCGUCGUUGCGGCGGCAGUCAUUGCUGCCAUCGCCAUAUUCUUCAUUGGCUUCAUCAUCGGUUAUUUUGCUAUGAAAGCAGGAUCGUCCAAGACGUCUUCAAAUGAUUCGGGCGGUAAGAAACACGGUCAUAAAGAGCGGAAAACCGACUACAAGCGAUAUCACGAGCAGGCAGUAAAUGCACUUAACGCGGAGAGUGUGGAGAAAUUUUCUCGGUGAGUUAUAAAUUGUUUGCAUUUUGGACAGUGUGCGACAAACGCAGACUGCAGACUUGAAGACUAGCAAGUAAACGAGAUAAACAUUGUUGUGAAAUGCUCUAACAGAUUCCCCAUCCCUAAACUAGACUUUUAGGAGACUUAAAGUUUAGGGAUAGAGAAUCUGUUAGAGCAUUUCACAACAAUGUUUAUCUCGCUAACCUGCCAGUCUGCAAGACUACAGUCUGCGUUUGUCGCACACCACAUAUCAUAUCGGAUACAGUGGAUAACAGGCCUUUGUAUUGUAACGCCGGGCGUUGUCGGUUAAUUGACUCUAGCUCUAGACUGAUUUACCGUCGGAACAUAAUACCAGCUGUCGACGGAAAGUGCCUUGUGCUUAAAAAUUCACUCAUUCCUACGAAUUUUCAUGCAGUGUGCAUUCUGUCAAUGUCCCCUCUAGAUGGUUUAGCCUAAGUUGUUGUUGUUAUCCACUUAUUCCCGUGUCAUGCAUCAUUGGUUUGAAAUUAGGAUAAAUUAACAAAUACAACCGGCAGUUAUUUGUGCAUAGCAUUGGGGUGUCAACACACUACUCCUUUGCCAUAGAUGACUCACUACUUUUUCAAAUGAAAAAAGUUUUUUUUCUUCAGGAACAUCGUGGUAACGUACUUAGGGUAAUUUCUGGUAAUUUGGUAAACCUUCGCCGCAAUAGCCAAAUUGACAUGCGUUGUUAAAACUUUACACCUGUUUUAAAAAGGUAGCUCGCCACUGUUUUUCAGUGACCUUACCUCCCCACCUUGAACACGCAGUUCAAAGAUGCAUCAAACAAAUCAGAAAACCAAGUCACAAACUUAUAUUUGGUAUAGAUCUAAGAUUCAAUUUGUGAGUUUUUGCGAGAUCUAUCUUUGUAUAGCAACAGGGUAACAUCAUUGCUGUUUUUACAUUUUGUACUUUUGUUCUGAAGUCUGGUCAUUCGUUUUGCAAGUUGUUUAUGUUCUUGACGUACAUAUACUUACCUUGAGUUGUUCUUAUUCUGAACAAGUUAUGUGAGAGGGUUUUCGAGUAAUUUUUGUUUGAAGCUGUAAGAAUGAAACGAUUUCUCCCAAUGCCUCAAAAUGCACUAACCUUGUUUGUGAGAACUAUACUUUGAUCUAGAAUUGUCUCUUAAGUUCUCUAGGAUUUCAGAUAUGUUGGUCAAAAAAGUCUAUUUAUGGCAAUCAUCUGCACGCGUAAAACCCCGCUGGAAAUUAAGUUAACUUAGUAUAAAGUGAACUAAAAGGCCACAUUCAAUAGGUAAAUCAUUUGACCUCCUUGUGUUGAUUUAAAUCUAGGGCAUUUCAGUCUCUCUGCUAUCCGUGUGGCUUCGAAUUAGUUUUACCAUACGUUAACCAUCGGUGACUUGCUCUACAGAAUGCAACCCUUGUUUAAUAGUGAGAAAAGAAAUGCACAUUUUCUCGCUUGCCUCAUACAAGAAAAAUUGAUGCUAUGAAAUGAAAAAGAUGGCUCGUACAAUUACACAUUCGAAUCCCGCUUUAGAGACACCAGAUUAAUUUGUUAUUAGAUGAUAUAAAAGAGGGUUUUCUUUGACCCUAGGGAAAGCUCUUAUAUUGUCUCUAAAUUCAACUCGUUUAAUACGGAUACCCUUUAAUGUAGACAACCAAGAGCCAUAAUGGCUCUUGAGACAACGAAUUAACUGUUCUUGUCCAAUCAACAGUAAUCUGUACUAAGUUACCCUCGCUAAUGUAAAAAUUAGUUUCUCAAACGUACCUCAUAAUGAAGCUGAUCUAUAUUUGCAGCAAAUUCACUGAGCGUCCCCACGUUGGAGGCGGUGAACAAAACAGGAAGCUAGGAGUAUAUAUCCGUGAUGAAUGGAAAAAAUAUAAAUUUGAUCAUGUAGAGAUGGUACAGUACGAUGUUCUUCUGUCCAUGCCACCGAGAGAUAAACCAAACGCUGUCAAGAUCAUCAACACAACUGCAGGAACGGUUUUGUGGAACGUAGAGGGACCCGAAAAAGUAAUACCUACAGCUCGCUUUGAUUUUAAUUUCUCUGCUCAAUUUUGUGCAGGUUGAAUCCCCGGGAGACUACUCCCUAUAAAUGUCUAUACGGGGAGGCUCCGCCCGAAAGGGGUUCCUUUUUCAGGUUUCUGUAAUAUGAAAGAGUAGGGAUUUCACUUGUUGAAGUAUAUGAAAGGGAAGCGAAAUCUGUCUUUCGGUCUGUAAAAAGGCCCAAAAGGGCUUACAGUUGCCUUUUAUGUCUGUGAAAAAGUUGACAAAAGGGUCUGGUUUAUUUGUGAUUUUGGGUGGGUGCAUUUACAGCAUUUAAAAGGGAUGCAAAGUGGUACAAUGUGUCCACAGAAGGUAUACGAAAGGUUACCUUUUCUAUAUAAAAGGGUAAGGGGUUGGACCGCGGGGCCGAGCCUCCUCGUAUAAAACUUUGUUGGGUACAUUUCCGGAGUUGAAACCCCGGCGGAAGAAGAGAGGGUGGUAGGUACUGCUUUGUAAGAGUUAUAUAGGUGUGUGCAGCUCCAAAUGGUUUUUGACCCUCCUUGGUUUGAAAUUGGGAAUGUGCAGAAUCAGCGUUUGAAAUAGCCUGAGAAAACAGCCGACAUUUUGUAACCCAAUCACUGACUUUUCCACGAAAUGACGUCUCAGGAACGAUUGCAGAAAUCCCAUACUGAUGACGUGUCACUACCCAGAUCUGGGUAGUGCUUCUAAUAAGAUGAAGCAAAUUUCCCUCGCGGCACGACCAAUCAGAAGCACUACCCAGAUCUGGGUUGUCACUUGUGAUACAGUAUGAGAUUUCUGCGCUCGUUCCUAACACGAGGGGAAACAAGUGGUUGAUCAAUUACCAAUUUGCCGUCAUUUUGGGCACUGAACGUCUUUGUUGGAAAUGAUCCAUUCAGUCUUGUUGAAACAUGUUUAAUGUAGCUUAACAGAUUUAUAUCAGUCCAUCAGCCAAUCAUUUUUGUCGGUAGGUCACUCAGUCUCUCAGUCAGUCAAUCAAUAAAAAACAGGAGAAAAUUGUUCUGCUUGAAUUGUUUUUGUUCAGAUUGCAGAGCCAAGUGAAAAUGAUUCUCUUGUGUUGCCACCAUUUCUGGGAUACUCUCCACCUGGAAUCGUGGAGGACGCUGACUUGAUGUAUGCAAACUAUGGUACCGUUAAGGAUUUUCAGAAACUGGAACAGAGAAAUUUAAGCUGUACUGGGAAGAUAAUUAUCAUGCGUUAUGGAAAAAUAUUUAGAGGAAAUAAGGUACAAAAUACUACACGCACCUUGUAAGAGAUACUGCCCUUCAUCUGUUUCAUGUUAUCUCUCUUUGUCUGUCGCUGUUGCCAUGCCUAUCUUGACCACCUACGUAUUUGCCCUGAAGGUCGUGCCGCUUAAUGUAAUGUAAUGUAAUGUAAUGUAAUGUAAUGUAAUGUAAUGUAAUGUAAUGUAAUGUAAUGUAAUGUAAUAGAGGACAACAAGACGCGCCCUCUUUAACAGUAAGCUCGGACUUCAACAUACAAGGCGCCACUGGCGCCACUAUCAGUCCAUUUAUGAGCUUACUGUAAACCACCCACAGCCCAUGAUAUGAAUGAUUUGCGAUAUGUGAAAGGUAUUAAACCACACCACCGGCUAAGAUCCCCUACUCUUUUCGAACAGUAGUAUGUUGUGGGUUCUUUUACGUCCCCUUCGAUUUUGACUAAUGAAAAAAGGAAGGAGACUCAAAGCCCAGUAGUGGAUGCAGAGGAGGGGCCCCGGGGGCCCCGGCCCCCCUCAUUUUUAUACCAAACUGAGGGCUGGAGGGGCGAAAAAUUUGUUUUGGAGACCACCCCCCCCCACUUACUAAGGGUCUGUGUGGGAUACUUCGACGAGAAGAUCACACUCGGCACAAAUUACUAGUCCACGCGUCGUUAGUAAAUUCUGUUUAAUCCACCGUCUUCUUUCACCGCUCCUUCACGAGCAAAAUACAAGUUCAUCGACAAUACUCGAUACUUAAAAAAACUGGUUCAUGCAACCGCAUCAAACUGAACUAUCAAACUAAAGAAGAAAAUAGAAUCCACGCGAAAACAUCGACGCUUAGGCUCUAAAUUUUGUGACCGACCGCAUCACAACUAUGUCACGUGCUCGAAAAACAAAGAAAAUACAUUAACACAAUUAAAAUUCGCGGGAAAAAGACACGACAGUCUGGAUGAGCGCCCCCCUCUUAUCUCAAGGUCUGGAUCCGGUACUGAAGCCAGCGGUUUAACAUUACCGCCCACUGACUCGACCAUCUGAGUCAAAGUCUCAAAUCAAAGCCACCAUGGCACUUUGCUAAUUUUCCAUCAUUUGAUCAAGUUAUUAAAGACCAGGAUCUUAGUCUUCUACACUGUUCACCUAAGGUUGUUAGCAAGAUUCUAAGCGAGUUGAAACCUCGUAAAUCUCCUGGCCCGGACAGUAUACAUCCCAUGAUUUUAAAGAAAUGUGCUGGAACCUUGGCUCCAUCACUUAGUGACGUUUUUAAUGCGUCUCUUGCAUCAGGCAUUUUACCACACAACUGGAAAUUGGCUGACAUUACUCCUUUGCAUAAGAAAGGUGCUAAAAGCGAUCGAAAGAGCUAUCGCCCUGUCUCGCUAACAUCGGUGGUGUGUAAAGUGUGUGAAAUGAUAGUAAGACAGCAGCUUGUUCAGUUUUGGAUUACAAACGAGGUCUUUAUUCCGGAGCAAUUUGGCUUCCUGAAAGGGAAAUCUUGUCUUUCUCAAUUAUUAUCAUCUUUUCACGAUUGGGCCAGCGGGAGAAACAAAGGCUUGACAACUGAUGUUAUAUUUUUAGACCUUUCAAAAGCUUUUGACUCGGUGCCACAUGAACGCCUUUUGACAAAGAUACACGCAUAUGGUAUCCAAGGUCCACUCCUGUCUUGGCUUAGAAGUUUUCUCACCAAUCGAUACCAGCGCGUUGUUCUGCGGGGACAUUACUCAUCUUGGACUUCCGUUUUGUCUGGUGUACCCCAAGGAACUGUGCUGGGACCCAUUCUAUUUUUAAUUUAUAUUAAUAAUAUUUCAAGAAACAUUAUGUCAAGCACAAAACUUUUUGCAGAUGAUAUGAAAUUGUAUAGGUUACUCAGGGAUACUAAGGAAGAUCUUGAAGAGCUACAGAAAGAUCUUAUUCGCCUGGAAUCUUGGAGCCAUGUCUGGCAGCUGAAAUUUAACACGGAUAAAUGCGAAGCGAUGCGCAUUUCUAAAAAAAAUGAUUACUCAAGUCCUCAAUACCAUCUAUGUGGUAACCAAUUAAAAGCUGUAUCUGAAGUUAAGGAUCUCGGAAUCUAUAUUACUUCGAACCUGUCAUGGAGUAUGCAAGCUAACAAAUGCGCAAAUAUUCAUUAGGCGAACGGUGGGUCCUAAAAAUCCUCAGUUGUUUUCAAAACUUUAUAAGAGUCUAGUACGUCCGAUACUCGAGUACUGCUCUCCAGUUUGGUGUCCGCACCUUAAAAAAGACUUAAACACCUUGGAGAAAGUACAACGUAGAGCAUCUAAAUGCGCCCUUGGAAAUAUUGGGCAAGACAUGCCUUACGAAGAACGCCUAAAGCUCCUUAAAUGGCCAUCACUUGAACAAAGAAGAUUAUUUUCGUCGCUUAUCGAGUGUUAUAAGACAAUAAAUAGACUUAAUGGACUUGAUCCCUCGGCAUUUUUCACAUUUGCACAUGAUUUUCGGCCCUUAAGAGCCAACCAUCGUUUUAAACUUAAGCUUACAUCAGCAACUUUAAAUAGUUUUAAACAUUCUUUUUUUAUACGCAUAAUAGAUAAGUGGAACAAUCUCCCAAAGGAAGUUGCUGAGGCGGAGAAUUUGAAUAUUUUCAAGAACAGACUGAGACGUUAUCUUACAGAUUUUCCUAAUGAACACUAAGUUCUUUUACUGUGUGAUGUUUUAUAUACAUAUAUAGUUACUAUUUUAAACAGUUGUAAAUAAUUUAUUUCUUAAUGUAUUUUAUUAUCAGGAGAUAAACUAGAAAGGGAUAACCUCUUUUAUCUCCUUUUCACUUUCCGAUUUGGAUUUGUGAAUAAACAGUUAUUAUUAUUAUUAUUAUUACACCAGUUUUUUAAAGACCCUGGUUAUUGGUCUGGCCAGUGUUCCAAUCCACGACCUUCCGCUCGGCAGACCGGUGCUCCCCAACUGAGCUAACCGGACGGUGGAAUAGGACAGAGGCCCAUAAGAUGGAGCAAGCAACUCCUGCACAAAGCCUUUGUAACGCAUUUUCACAGACUAGUUUAUUUUUAGGUGACGCAGUCGGGCACAAACCCACGGCAAACUCACGGCCUGGCAAGUACUUAACUCAUUCGCGAAGCCAAAUCACUCGGGCAGUUGCAGCUAUAGACAGAUGUUUAUUCCUCAUUUUUAGUAUCAUUUAAAAAAGACUUUUUCCUGCGGAAGGAAGCUUUGCUCUUUCAAACUAAAGAACAUGUAUGAUCGAUUGUUCUGCAGGUUCAAAAUGCUCAAAAGUGCGGAGCGGCUGGUGUAAUACUGUACUCUGAUCCAGCGGACUACUCUCCUGAAGGAAUGAACAAUACUUUUCCAAAGACUUGGUGGAUGCCAGGGACUGGCACCCAGAGAGGAACAAUAGGCAUGGCCGAUGGCGAUCCCUUGACUCCACUCCUGCCGUCCAUUGAUGGAAUCUACAGACUAAGCAAAAAUGAAAGUGAUGUAUUGCCAAAAAUCCCCGCCCAAGUCAUAACUUACGAUAACGCUGUACACUUCUUAAAGCGCCUUGCAGGUACUAAAUCACGUGAUCGGACGUGAGAUGGGUAACAGUUAAGAAAGAAUUGCGUGCAUAAUUGUAAUGUUCAGUUCUCCAUUUAAAUGAGUCUUUGUUAUUAAAACUAAGAGCGGCUAAGGCCUACCCGUUUUAUCGGGUGGAUUGCCUUACUUUUGGCACUCGACAAAGUUUUUGACUAGUUUGCAAACAUUCUUUGGCAAACUAAAUGGGCUCUGUAUUAUGCAGAAGAAUGUUUCGUUUUGAAGUGGAGAAAACAUGUCCAAAAGAUGUCAAAGCUUUGUCAUUGGCAACGGUGACGCGAUCUACACUGCAAGCAUUUCAGAAAAUCAUAAUAAGAAAGGUGUGUUACUUUCUUUCAGGUGAUGAAGUUCCUUUGGAAUGGACAGGAGGAUUGCCCAUCAAGUACAGAUUCGGACCUGGAUUUACAGAUCCAAAUGUAAAAGUAAAGCUUGUGGUCAACAAUCAGUUCGUGACAAAACCAGCAAUAAAUGUGAUUGGCACAAUCAUCGGCAAAGAAGAACCCGACCGGAUGGUACUCAUGGGUAAUCAUCGAGACGCUUGGGUUUUUGGUGGAGUGGAUCCAUCGAGUGGCACAGCGGUUAUGAUGGAGGUGACACGUGGCAUAGGAGAGCUGCUGACCAAUACGGAUUGGCGACCUAGACGCACAAUGGUCUUCUGCAGUUGGGGCGCGGAGGAGUACGGUCUCAUUGGUUCAUAUGAGUGGGUGGAAGAAAACAGAAACAUGUUGAGGGACCGUGCAGUUAUGUACCUGAAUACCGAUUCUGCUGUGAGUGGGAAUUACAGCUUUAAGGCCAAUGGCAAUCCUGGCUUGAAGUCUUUGGUAUUCCAAGAAUCUAAGUAUUUGACAGAUCCCAAUGGUAAUGAAAAAGGUGCGAAUCUCUAUGAAAGCUGGGCAAGGAAAUACCCAUCCCCCACGGCACCCGGUGAGCCUAAGUUUGGUGGUCUCGGUUCAGGAUCCGACUACGCGCCAUUCAGUCAUUUUAUUGGGGUGCCUAGCAUUGACAUGAAGUACGAAUUUGGCAGCAUGAAUAGGUCGCUAUAUCCUGUUUAUCAUACCGUUCAUGAUACGUUUUACUGGCAAAAAACCUUCACCGACCCGAAUUUCAAGACCCACCUGUUGAUGUCUCAAAUUGGAGCCAGGAUUGUUUUAAGGGCUGCAGACACCCCAAUGCUUCCUUUCAAUCUGAAAGACUAUAAAGUAGCUCUGAAAGGCAGCCUUGACACACUGGAAAAUAAUUAUUUGAAGCUACUCGAAAAGGAUAAUAUCACUCUGGAAUAUUUGAAGCGAGAAGUGGAAACCUUUUCAAAAAACGCAGAUGCUUUCGAGAAGAAAAAAGCCCAGGCUAGUGACAUGCAAGACUUUGCCAAACUACGCAGACUCAAUGAUCAGAUGAUGAACAUGGAACGAGCGUUUAUCUGGCCGUUUGGACUACCAGGAAGGCGCUUAGCUCGUCACGUUCUCUUCGCACCUGAAAUGCACAACGUCUACGGAAGCUCAAGCUUUCCAGGAAUCACGGACUCGCUUUUUGAAAUCGAGAAGACCAACAAUUGGAAGCAGGUCAAAGAACAGGUUUCCAUCGCUAUAACAUGUGUCAGAGAGGCUGGAAAGAUUUUGGCGGCAGUGGACGAGUAGUGUAUUGUCAUUGUAUUGUGAGAUUCUUGUAGUUUGCAGUAAGGUGACUAUACAUUUUCAGACUUGUCCCUUGUUCCUAGCGAUAAAAACGGGGUGAGCCAUAAACUGUGGUGUAAAUUUGUGGUAGUUUGCACUUUUUUUGUAUUUGGUACAUUUUACAUUGGUGUAUAGUAAUUUUAACUAAAAGUAAUAAUUGGAACUGCAAUAAAAGCGAAAGCCGGGGAAACAUUAGUCUCGUCGGAAAAACUCUUUGAAUGCAGAGGUCCACGCAACGCGUAAAUAUAACUGACUGGUUCCGCUUGCCGAACCUCUAAUCAAAGAGAUGCUGUAGCCAGACGUCACUUAAGUGUGAACUAAAACAAAACUGAAUGCAGGGCUGGCGCUACGGCCAAGGGCUGAUUUAUUAUA